AUGGCCGCCCCUCGAUUUGCCUUAGUCUGUGCUGGGCCCUAUGUGUGGGGCUUCACGAACACCAUCUCAGAUUCUCCCAACCAGCUUGAAGGGGGAGAGCGAGACCUGCGGCCCAGUCGAGAUGGGAUAAGGCUCAUGAACAGCAUCUGGGGGAAGUUUGAGAUUACGAACAUGGACAUGAAGUUGGGGACAACCCUGAAGAUCAAGGGCAAGAUCGCUGAUGAUGUUGAUGGUUUUGUGAUUAACCUGGGCCAAGGAACAGAUAAACUGGACCUGCAUUUCAACCCACGCUUCAGUGAAUCCACCAUCGUCUGCAACUCAUGGGAUGGCAACCAGUGGGGGCAGGAGCAAAGGGAAGAUCACAUAUGCUUCGGCCCAGGGUCAGAGGUCCAGUUCACCGUGACCUUUAAGAGUGACAUAUUUAAGGUGAAGCUGCCAGACGGGCACCAGUUGACCUUUCCCAACAGGCUGUGCCACAGCCACCUGAGCUACCUGAGCGUGUCGGGCGGGUUCAACAUCUCCUCCUUCAAGCUUGACUGA